AUGGCAAGACCGGAGGCCCCAGGAGGACACCCCAGGACUGUCCUGAUCACCGGCUGCUCUUCAGGAAUUGGUCUACAACUGGCUGUAAAGUUAGCUCAGGACCCUCAACAGAGAUACCAUGUGAUUGCCACCAUGCGGGACUUGGGGAAAAAGGAGAAACUGGAGGCCGCAGCUGGUGAGGCUCUGGGCCGGACUUUGACUGUGGCACAGAUGGAUGUCUGCAGUGAGGACUCCGUGUCUGCCUGCCUAAACAGCAUUGAGGGAAGGAAUCUGGAUGUGCUAGUGAGCAAUGCAGGUUUGGGACUUGUAGGGCCAGUGGAGAGCCUCAAAAUGGCAGACAUCAGGAAGGUCUUUGAUACCAACUUCUUUGGGGCAGUCCAGCUGGUCAAGGCUGUGCUGCCCAGCAUGAAGCAGAGACGUAGGGGCCACAUCCUGGUGAUCAGCAGUGUCAUGGGACUACAGGGUGUCAUAUUCAAUGAUAUCUACUCAGCCUCAAAGUUUGCCUUGGAGGGGUUCUGUGAGAGUCUGGCUGUGCAGCUUCUACAAUUCAAUAUCUUUGUGUCCUUAGUGGAACCGGGGCCAGUGAACACGGAUUUUGAGACCAAGUUAAUGGACCAGGUCUCCAAGGCUGAUUUUCCUGGCACUGAUCCUGACACCUUGAACUACUUCCUAAAUGUUUACCUCCCAGCCUCAAAGGAGAUUUUCCAGACUCUAGGCCAGAGCCCUGAGGAUGUUGCCCAGGCCAUCGUCCAGGUGAUUGACUCCACGCAACCACCCCUUCGCUAUCAGACCAAUGCCCGCUACACGCCCCUGAUUGCCCUGAAAUACGCUGACCCUUCUGGAGACCUCUCUGUCCGCACCUCCUACCGGCUCCUCUUCCGAGGCCAACGCCUUUUCCGGCUCAGCCUCUGUUGUCUCCGCUUCCUCUCUGGGAACUGCCUCCGGCCCAAGGUCUCCCCUAUGUGA